CUGGCACUACGGACGCUCUCUCUGUUCACGGCCAGCUUUGUAGUGGAGCUUGUCAGGAGGCAACGGAGUCAUCCUGUGCCAACUGCCAGAAGCUGUACAAGAAAAGGUUCUUGGAGGAGUGUUGCAUAUCCUCCACAACAACCCCUGUCAUCUGGAAGUGUGUGUUGACUCCUGGCCUACAUUCAGCACUGCCAUUUGUUACCGUCAAAAACAGGAUUUCAGCAGCAGCUCAAUGGUGAUCCCUGACAUAUGCACCGCCUUCACCAAGAACCCACAAACUCUGAGACGUCUGCUGGUUAAUGAGAGAGUCGUAAACUGGAGCCACGGAUUGACUUUCAGAGGUAUACCAACCUCACUCUGUGAUCUCAUCAAAGAGCUUGCCUCUCAGCAUGGACUCAAUGUCACAGAAUAUCGAGGUUAUACCACCUUCAUCCACCAUAACUCUGAGAAUAUAGCAUCCUGGAGGGAGAAAGUGUUGCCACUGCCAGUUUCCAUUUUGGAUGAGUCCCACGCUGAGCUUGUGGACAGACACUUGCCUUACGGAGGGAGCCAGCAGAGCCUCAACCACGUGAAAGCCUGCGUUCGCCAUCUGCCAAACCACUGUGUGACGGACGAGACAGGCCGGCCCGUGUCCUGGAUGCUGUCCGAUGAGCUGUGUGAGCUGAGGAUGGCCUACACCCUACCAGAGCACCGACGGGCCGGUCACCUCCUGGUUCUGUCCCUCACUCUAAUCCAAAGGAUGAGAUCUUUGGGCUUGCCGGUCUACUGCCAUGUCAACCAGCAGAACCAGGCCACGAUUAAGGCUGUGACUGCACUGGGCUUCUCUGCCUGCUCCGAUACAGAGACGAUGUCAGUGCUGCUCAUAUGCAAAGACAGAGAGUAAGUAAGCGAGU